UUGAUUUAAUUUUUGUAUAUCACCUUUCUCUAAUGCCUUCUGUGGGAUGUACUCGUAAAUGGCAAGAACAUCAAGGCAGGAAUAAGUUCUUUUUAAAUGGAAGGUGUGUAUCUAGUCGACAAAACUUACUGUUUAUGUUUACUUUCUCCCUUCUGCUAUUGGUGAUGUGCAUGUUUUACAUUUUUUGCCUUCCAUUUCUAACAAUCAAAAUCGGUCUUUUCGUUCCAAUCUUUAUGGUUAUUCUUUUUUUGCUCGUUAUAUCAACAAUGCUUCGUGCAGCAUUCACCGAUCCUGGCAUUAUUCCACGAGCUUCUGCAGCGGAGAUUUCUGAGUAUAAUCUAAUAAAAAAGAUGGCAAAGACUCCUGAAGAACGAGAGUUGCUAAAUGAAAGGAUAGUUAACAUUAAUGGCUGCGGUGUUCUAGUCAAAUUUUGUAUUACCUGUAAAAUUUUUAGACCGCCUCGUAGUUCGCAUUGCAGUAUUUGUGACAAUUGUGUUUUGAAUUUCGAUCGUAAACAUUUUUCUUUUGAAGGUUUAAAUUUCAAAUAUUUAGAUCAUUGCCCAUGGAUUGGUAACUGUGUUGGAGCACGAAACUUUCGUCAUUUUUAUCUUUUUAUUACUUUUGUUGCUGUCACAAGCUUUUUUGCAAUUAUUUGUAUUUGUUUGCAUUUUUAUUUGGUAAUGGCUGAAAAGGAUGGCGCGUUUCUAGAUUCACUUUUGGACAACCCAAUUCCUGUUGUAUUAAUUUUACCUUUCCUCGCGUCUUUUAUUGGUGUUACGAUGAUGAUUUAUGACCAUACACCACUGGUUUUGAAGGGAAUUACAAGUUAUGAGGAUUAUAAAUGUACUUUUGAUUAUGUCAGAAAUCCUUUUGACGCUGGAAGUCGUUCUAAAAAUUUGAAGAAAGCUUUGUGUUCUCCUGAACCGAUAAGGUUUUUAAAAAUCUCUAAAAUUUCUAAUUUCUCCAUUUCUUUAAUUAUUGAAUAAAG